ACUCCUUUUUCUGAAACUUUUUAUUCCUGUUUAUCGAUUUAUAGCGCGCGUUGGGUUUGUUGUGUGCAGCGUAAUUUGCUGUUUUAAAUGUGUUUUUAUAUAUUUAAUCGUAUAAUCUUUUAGCUUUUACUCUAAAAGACUCUGUAAAGAACCGCUGUUUCUACCUCUCAAGCGUUUAACAGGACGGACCCCUGCUCAUGUAAAGUUUCAUGAAUGUAUCCAGCGCUCGCGUUAAAGAUAAGUUUUACGUUUCCAUUGACACGCAGGCUGCACGCGUUCAAAACAUACUUGCCUUACAUUUUCAGAUGUCGAUGGUUGAGGGCAUCAAGAAAGAAACUCCCUUUUUCAAACUUGCGCGAAUUUUGCAGGAAUGCUAAACGUUUGACAGCCUUGCUGCCAUUUACUAUUUUUUUCUUUAAACAUUUUUGCAUUUUGCCUAAAAACUAGGUGCUCUAGUUAAAGUGAAUUAAAAUAAGCUCGAAACGCAGCAUCGUUGCAUUGUCCCCUUGCGUUUCGAAAUUGAAUCAUAAAAGCAUAUUCUGUGUGAACUCUCCCUUGGGUGUCGUUUUUGGGUACUGUAGCUAAGAUACAGUUUCCAUCUCAAAUGCUGUCCAUGGCUAGAAUAUCUGGGGCCCCUGCUUGAGCUCCUUCAGCUGAACGCUUUCUCCCGGUUACAGUGCCCUUUUCAAUGUGAAUUUCUGUGGUACUUUUUUUUUUUUUCUUUUGCGAGAGAGGGAAAUUCCUGUCAUUCCCCAGUGCAGAUUCACUAUCAUAAUUUCAUCUGUCUGCAUGCUUAGACGUGCUAGGUAAGUUCUGUGUUAUGUAUCCAUUUCAGGCAUAUAAAAAUGUUACGCCUUGUUUAUGUCUGAGAGGAAAUUGCAUUCAACAAGUCAGAUGUGCCGGGAUGAAAUUAUUUCUAUCCAUCGAGACUUUAAAUACUCUGCUGGAAUGCAAACACAAAGCUCAUUGACAAAACUGCCCACAUUUUCCGUGCACGCAGCAUAAACGGGUCACAGCUCAAGGAAAUAAAUUCUAUUAUAAACCACCUGAUCUGAGAGCAUAACUUAAUGUUGCUCCCAUUGCUGAGAAAUGAGUGCGGUAAGAGCGCUUAUCCCAAACCUGCCUACAGAUAACCAAUACCAGGAGCUGUGUAGGUAUGACACAGCACAGUUAUGAUGUGUUAUGAGUUUUCUUUAGCGUGUGUUUGUCUAUUAAACAAUAACGCAUUGUUAGUAAAGACAUUUCGGAUCUCGGAGCAGCCUGGAUUUCACUCUGACAUACACCUUCCAGAGCUGAGAUGAAAUUUCACCGAAGUCUGUAAACUCUCUCACUUCACUCUUGAAUCAAACUCUUUCUUCCGUUUUUAUGGGCCUGUAACUGAAGCUUAGCUGAAGGGACACCUGCUUGAUCUCAAAGAAGGAAGUUAGGCAAGCCCAACAUCAUGUCUACCAAUACGUGUGAUAAAAACCUUAUCACUUCUGAAGCACAGGCUGGGUUAUGUUAUUUUCACACAGGUUUUAUCAACUGGUCCUGGAUGUUAGACUGUGAUUGAUAUAAGACUCUUUUAUGAUAGUCUUGAUUGUUCAAUCGCUUUUCUGCUGAUUCACCUUUGUUUGUUUUUCUUUUCACAGAGCGGGUCAGUGCUCCAGAAAAGACAGGAAAAAUGAGAUAAGAUUUUUUUUAGGCUUUUCGACAGGCACAGUGCGACAAGCGACAUAUCCAGAGGAGAUUGGAGUCCAUUGGUAAGGUUUGGAAGCAUGUCCUACAGCGACCAGACUCCACCCAGUCCCAGCAGGACCAGCGGCAGUAACUCGGGGGCUCAGUAUGCUACGGCCGCGCUGGGCGUGGGCCUCAUCGCUCUGGGGAUAGUCAUGAUCGUGUGGAGCGUGGUGCCAGCAGGCUCUGGAGGGAACAGCUCUACUCCUGGAGUGGAUCAAGGUCAAAUUCGGGAGACCUCAUCCGUGGCGUUCGUCUUAGUAGGGGGAGGAGUAGCUCUUCUGCUGCUGUCUGUGUGUCUGAGCGUACGGAACAAACAGCGGGCGGCCAGGGGACAGGAAGCCGGCAGUACACCCGCUAACACACAGGAGGAGGGGGCUACGAUGGAACACUUAUCCCAGAGCUACACAGUUCCCACUUACGAGGAGGUGGUAAUGAGUGGCCAGUAUCCCAUCAGUCAGUCCUCGGUGCGACACAACAGCAUCACCCAGCUGCCAGCUUAUGAGGAGCUGGAGGAAGAUCGGCACCCUGUGGAAGAUGGAUUGAGCCCAGCACGCAGACCUUCAUCCCAAAUCGACCCCAGCACCGGAGCGGGCGGCCGAAGAAACAGCCGGCCCGGGAGAAAACUGAUUCCCCUUAAAAUUAGACGCAUAAAAUCGGACAACCUGAGAAGGAAAAGCUUAAGCGAUAUCCAGCAUACCAACGUGUUCACUAUCGAACCCCUCACACCGCCUCCACAGUAUGACGACAAGCUCCCUCCACUUCCUUCAGACGCAGAACAGUGAGGUGUGCUCUAGGUUUACACUAACACUGCAGCGUGAUAGAGUGUGUUUACCUACUUUACUGCAAUGAACUUCACAUUACUCCUCUAGAACUGACCGGCAGCACAGAGGAGGCAGUAGUAUGGAAAGGAGAGAGCCUCAUUAUGUCUUCCUGUGUUGGCUGAAUAUGUCCUUGUAAAAAAAAAAAAAAAAAAAAAAUCAUAAAAAAGUUGCAGCUGACUGGAUUAAAACUGAACUGGAUUUUUUUUUUUUAAGAUGUUUACUGAACCACUGCUGGUCUUUAUAUAGAAUGGUCUUGUUUUUGCUGUCGAACUUGAAAUUCAGCAUCCCAGCUGUCUAGACCUUUAUUUCAUGGGACAUCCACUAGAAUUUCAGAAGAGAUGUGAAACUGUAAACUGAGUCACAUCAGCACUAUUGCGUUUUUUUGCACUGAUAUGUGUUUGUGUCGGGUGUGAGUUCAUGUGAUGUUUUUUUUGUACAUUUUCCAAGAACUUUAGCUUUGGUUCUUUUGUUGGCUUUAACUUUCUGUGUUUGUGUGUAAUAUGGUUGUUCUUGGUGACCUUGUUGCCGGAGUGAGAAACUGUGAGGUCAUCAGUAUGUGUGUCUCCUCAUGGUUUACGACACAGAGAAGUUCUUUGACCCUGCAGCUGCCUUAUAUCACUCUCUCACCAGCACACAUCACCAAACACAGAGAAUUUCUUGUCUCCCCUUUUCACUAACUUGGAUACACAAACACUCAGCCUUUUCAUCCCUUUAUUUUUAACUUUUAAUGUUGAUUUGUGUGAAGAAAACUGUUUUUCUCAUAGGGCAGCUGUGGCAUCUCUGCUGUGAGGUUCAAGCUCCCAGUCAUGUCUACACAUGCGUUACUGCUCUAAACACUCCAGGUUUUUCACAAUAAUAACCAGCUACAGGUGUGUCUUAAUGAAAUCAGUAUUUCUCUUUCUGGAAAUUUUGCUGACGCAUCUGCAGUUUAAGAUGGAAACGUAAAUGAAAAAUGUUUCUGAAUCUCAUGUGCUAUUUAAUGAUGUAUGUUUCUUCUGUUUUUUCCCCCUCUAUUUCGUUAUGUUCUGUUUAUAUUGUCAGUUAGUCUGGAAGGAUAAAUAAAAGCAGUUUGAUGUUAUAUAUUUAAUCUAAUAUAUUGUGUCAUGAGGGAUGCUAAUUGUACUUAAAAAUAAAGUGUGUUUGUAAAACAAUAUUCUCUUUACCCUCCAGAGCAUGUAUUUCAGAAAGAUCAAAAGGAAUAAAAAAAAAAUAGUCUUUUUAGAAAUUAAAUUGAUCUGUAAUGAAUCAUCAUGAAGUUUGUUACCACAAAAGGAAAAAAAAUAAAGAUGUGACACAAGGAAA